AUGUAUUCAUUAGUGAGUAGGGAAGUUGCAAAGAAAGAAAUAGUAUUAAUAAAAUAUGAAUCUCACCAACAACGACCGACUAUAAGCUUAGUGGAAAACUUUGAGGGGGCCAAUGACGAAAACAUUAGGGAACUGAUGCUAGAGCUUAAGUCAAUUGAACAUGAAAACGUGCUUAAGGUUUUUGGUCUUACAUUUGAUGAAAAUAGCAGAUGUUAUUAUGUUGUCCGCGAAUAUGCUAAAAAUAGAGACUUACGGACUUAUCUUUCGGGUUCUUCACUAGCAUGGAAUGAUAAAUAUUCAUUAUCACUUCAAAUAGUCAAUGGUUUGAAAUUUCUCCAUGAUAAUGGAAUUACUCAUACAGAAUUGCAUCCAAAAAACAUUUUAAUACAUAAUGGCAUUCCCAAAUUAACCAACAUUUGGUUGCCUAAAUUUAAAGCACCUACCAAAUUCUCAUUUAUCCGAUAUUGUCCUCCUGAGAUUUUAUCAUUACGCAACAUUACUCCUAAUAAAAUGAAAUUAGACAUUUAUAGAUUAGGCGUACUUUUGUGGGAAAUUUCAAGUAAUGGUGUUGAACCUUUUAGUAAAGGUUAUAAAUGUUCUUCAACCCUUGCAAUUGAUGUUCAAAAAGGUAAAAAUUAUGUAAAAUACGAUUGUGUUCAUGGAGAAGGCAUUAUUUUACGUGAUGAUGGAGAACUAAAGAUACAAAAAGUCAUCCGAUCAACUCCAAUUAUUUAUUAUUCGAAAAAAAGUUCUGUGUUUUCCGAUAUUACUAUGGAUGUAGAACCAGAAAACGAUUAUAUAAGAAUCCAUUUUCCAAUUUGUACAGUUCAAUAUCAAAGUGAGGCAACAGAUGAAUUUAUUCUUGACAUCAAAAUUACUGAAGCCAUUCUUGGUGGCGCUAUCACAAUUAAAAAUUGGUCCAAGAUUGACAACGCAAGUAAAUCUCGCUUAAAGUCAUAUAUUCAAUGGGGAAUUGACUAUGCGAAGGGCAAAAAAUUAAAUGUUUUUGAAAAUGUAUCACUUGAUGGAUUGCCUCCAUUACCUUCGUAUGAAGCUUCAGAACCUAUGAAAUGCGUUGGAGAUUUGUACAAUUGGCUUAAUGACUUAUAUCGUUAUAGAAAUUUAGAAAUAAUCUCAUAUGAAAAGAUUAAACCAUCAUACCAAUCAUUGCCAAAUGAUUUAAUUCAGAAAAUAUAUCAGUGUUCCAGCCUUCAUUUAAGUAAAUCCUACUCGUCAUUGGUUCCUCAAAUACCCUCUCAAUACGAUUGUAAAGAUUUUUUGGAAUGGAUAAAAUCACCACCAUUGGAAUUAUACAUGCGUGAUUGGAUACAGAAUAAUUUAUUGCAGCAUGGUGUACUUUUACAACGUUCUAAGCUUGGACAUGGUACAAAACCUGCAUUAAAAUUUUUGAGGGAACCUGAAAUAACUCAGAUAAAUAAAGUUACUAUUUUAAUAUCACAACCCCAAACUCUUCAAGAAGCUUAUUUAUUAGAGAACGGUAUUAUUUUAAAAAAUGACGAAUUGGAGCUUGACAAAAUCCCUUUUGCUGAAUAUGGUUCAUCGCUUGAUCGUCCUCUAGUGGAUUUCAAAAAUUCCGAAUGUUCUGAGAAAGUUUAUUGCCAAAUAAUUUUCCAUGCCGUAAAGAUUUCUUUUGACCCUUCAAGCAUUAAAUACUUAAAAGAAUUUUCAGAUACAGUGGACUCUGCUUUAGAAACUCAUGACCCAUUUAAAAAUCUUUGUACCCUGUUUGGAAAUGACUAUGGACAUUUAUUACCAAGAACUUUUACUUUAGGUGGAGUUUUAUCAAGGUCAUUUAAGCCUCGUAAUGACAUAACAAAUUUCACUCAUGCACGACAGUUUGAAUUUGAAGGAAAUGAUCCUGAUGCGCCUCAAGAAAUUGAAGAAAUUUUAAAAAUAUGGAAUGGCGAAUCACAAGAUAUUGAUACAUCAUUAUUUCUUAAUAAUGAUGGGGAUAUUAUUCGUCGCAACAAAAUUGGUGAUUGGUGGAAAACUCUUUCUGAUAGUCCUAGUAAUUGGAAAGUUAUAUCCUCAGAAGAUUGGAUGCCAUUAUAUAAAGUUUUAGAUGAUACAAAUCAAAAUAUUGAAGCUAUUUUAAAUAAUGAAUAUCAUCUCGUUUUUAAUGGAAAAGAAUCAUUACAUAAAAAUCAAACCACAUUAAUUAUUAAUUUUCCUGGACCAAUUGAAAAUAAUUAUUAUAUUUUUGGAAACGUUGUAAAAGAAAAUAAUGGUGUUUUGGAAAUAAUUCCAGAAACUACUAUUCAAUUUAGGUAUCAGAAUAAGAACGGAUGUGCUGCAUAUAUUCUCAAAAAUCGUAAGGCAAGAUUAAAUUUAGACAAUUUAAAAGUUCUUUGGUUCGUGCUUGCUAAACCAAACGGAUAUUACAGUAAUAAGAACAGAAAUGUUAGAUUCGCCUACGGUGAACUUGACAUUGAUAAUAGCCAAUCUGAGAUUACAUUGAAUAGUGAAAAUAUUUAUUCAAAUUGCGUUCUUAUGACCUCAUUUGUUCCAAAAACACCAAAUGACACGACUAUUUAUAAUAUUGCACUCAAAGCUUGGACAGAAGCAACCAUUGAAUUAGAAGUUCAAAGAAAAGAACGAGAUGAUGAUUUAAAUCAGGCUGUUAUAAAGAAGAUUGGACUAAUUGACUCUUCAGAUGAAGAUUCAAGUGACGAUUCGGAAAGCACUAUGGAUAUGCAAGAGCCUCAUGAAAAGAUAACUCUUCAAUGGUGUAUAAUGUAUGUGAACGAAAAAGAACCAAUGAAAAGUGAAGAUAAAGGAGAAUACCCAUGGAACUUAUUUGGAAUCAUCCUUGAUGAAAAUUUUAGAAAAGGCUAA